CAGACUUCUGGAAAGUGCCGUUCGUAUUUUCAGACUGCACGGUGCUUUAAAUAGUAUCUUAUAUAGGGAGAGGGGAGGGGAGUUGGCUGACAGGUGCAGUCACUGGGGUAUUGACACUAAGACAAAUCUCCGAGCAGGCGGAAUAGUGAGUACAAAAGUAGUUUCUAUUGUAUUACACUCAUUAUUUCUCACUUUAGAGAACCUUUGGCCGCUGGGUCUAUUGUCAAACACAGUUCUGGAGCCUGUAAAGUUGUCUAGAGGACGUACACUUUUCUCUCUCUGUACACCCAUGAAGCUGCCUGCAUCUAUUUUUAAACUCUGAACACCAGCCCCGUUAUAACUUUCGCUCUCUCGCUGGUGAUCCUCACAUCAAACCGAGAGGAUUUGUGGCUGGUUUUGUCCGGGGUGUUUCUUUGGGAUUUUACUUCCUCGGGAGUCUGGAUUGAGGGAUCUGUGGCGGUCGAGGAUUCGAGGUGGGGUUUGCACAGAGGCAAGGAAGGAGAAUGAGUUCCAAGCGGAUUAUCCGGUCUUAUUCGGCCAACGGCCGCUACCCAUCCUUCGACACUAACGGGGAUAAUGAGCCGCCUGUCCGGGGAGAAUCUAGCCGGAGUUAUUUCCUCAACGUGCGGCCUGAGAACAGACAAACGUUUUGCACCAUCAUUGCUCAGAUAACGGAAGAGACUCAGCCAGGUUUUGAAACCACACUGAAAUCCCAUUCAGUAUCUGAAGACUCUGAUAUCAAGUUCACUUGCAUAGUCUCAGGACAUCCGGCGCCGGAGAUCACAUGGUACAAAGACGACAAGGAGAUGGACCGAUAUUGCGGCCUUCCCAAGUAUCAAAUAUUCCAAUACGGAAAGAAACACUCACUUCAGCUGUACAAAUGUACAGAGGACGAUGCGGCAAUCUACCAAGCUUCGGCCAGGAACAGCAAAGGGAUCGUCUCGUGUUCUGGCGUCCUGGAGGUGGGCACCAUGAACGAGUACAAGAUCCAUCAGCGGUGGUUCGCCAGGCUGAAGCAGAAAGCAGACGCCAAGAGGCGCGAGUUGGAGGAGUCCAGGAUGAGGGGCAAGGAGAACAUCGCCUCCAUGGCCAACGUCCACGAUCGCAACCUCCAGAGGACGUUGAGUCCAGAGAGGGCCCAGCGCAAACGCAAGUCCCAGCUCGAAGCCAAAGCGGGCUCUCUCGACUCUUGGAGGGACAAGGAGGUUGGGUUCAAAGUGCACAUCCCUGACCCGCACGCGACGUUGAGCAAGAACGUCGAGCGGGCGGAGAGAGACACUGCGUCGAGAGCCGAGAUUCACAACGGCUACAUCACCGGUCCCCAAGGGGCCGAGCUUGCCGCCAUGACGGAGGGGAAGCUGCCAGCGAACAAUUCGCUGGACGACUUGGAGAAGUGCCUCUUGUUCGGCAGCGGCAUCUACGAAGUGGAGCCGCUUGUUUCGCCUCGCCCGUCGGACAAGGAGUUUGCGGCAAGGAAGAAAAAGAGGAGGCUUUCGGGAGACAAAGGCAGGGCGUCGUCGAAGAAAGCCGAGGGCGACGAGACCGCGCUGAAUGGCGUCGACCAGGGCAGCGACUCCGGCGACUUAUCCCGUUACCUCAGGGACACUCUGCGGAGAAGCAAACUGCGCAGGGAUCCCCAGCGCUCCCAAUCUGAGGACUACAUGGGGAUUGAUGAGCAGGUGUCAUCAGUGGUGUUGGGACAGAGGCAGAGGCCUUCCAGUCCAAAGAGCGAGAGAACCGAGAUACAAAGUGACUUUGGGCGCCAGUCACACGAGGAAGCCCAAUCUGAGGCGACAACAUUUACAAACGGCGCCAAACCCGAUGACCAAGAGCCCACGUUCUCCAGCCCCCAAUCUCCCGACAAAGAUGUGUACUUCUCCAUGAAGGAUAUGUACCUCGAAACCAUUUCGGGACCAGAGUCACUCAGUCAGCGACAAUUAACUCAGGCUUUGGAGAAGAUCUUCGAGGUUGACGCCCAACCCCAACCCGACGGUCAGAAAGCGCCACCGAGUGGGUUUGCUGAUGAUGCGCCAGAUCAGAUGGAGGUGAGGUCGGGAAACGAUGGCGAACCGAUGAAGACCAGCGAGGAUUUACAAAAGAUGGAGGUGUCGAGGACAGAAGUGGACGCGUGGACGCCUCAAGCCGGUUCGCAGAUGCUAAAGGUGGACGCGUUCGACAAGGUGCAGCCAUCUUGUGGAGUGACGGAGGAUGCCGGAGGUAACAAGCCCAGAAAGGGGGGCAUUUGUACGGUGGACAUGCCUGGGAAUGCAGCGCAAGAAGGCUUUAAAUCUCCUGUCUCACCCGUGAAUACAGUGCCACAGCCUGUGUUCCGGGUCUCGUACUCGUCGGUGGCGGUUCAGACCGAGGAUAUCCUGGAGGCUUCGGCACCAUGUGGGCAAGGUUACCCGCCAAAAUACCCACCCUUGGCCUUGCCAAAUGAGCAGCUGGACUACCCAACUCUUCCCGAGACCAUGGGGCUAAGGCAAGGGGCAGAACCUAAUGGUUCCCCCGUCUCGGAGAAGGUGGACAGUGAGGGCAGCGUUGGAGCCUUCAGCGAUGAGUGGGAGAAAUUGGACAUCCCCAGCAUCUCGGAGCAAACGGACAUCUCGGGCGAGCCGCCCGUCCCUGUCACCUUGGCCUCUGGGGAGACGGAGGAGGAGCUGAGGGACUGCCACAGUGAAGGUACAUCACCACCUCAGAGUGAUGAGGAAGCUAGCCCAGUGGCUGGAAGGAUAGACCAGACUGCCCACCAGCAAGACCUCACAACCGAUAUCAAAGCAAUAGAAAUCUCCACCACACCUCUUUCCGUUGUCUCCCAAAUCGUUGCUAUCCCUCAAACCUCCCGAGAGGAGAUGAUACUUACAGAUGAAGAGCCUCUAGUUGUAGAGGAGAUACCAGACCAACAAGUUGUCACAGGUUCUCAGCCUGAUGCUCCAUUCACUGGUUCGGAAGUUCCUUUGGAUGAAGAGGUUUCUAGCGAGGUGAGUGUCGAGAACGAGAAAGUCUCUGAGGAAAUCGAAGACGAACUGUUGAACGGCAAUGAGGAGAAGGAAGCGAGACCCAAGGAGGAGGAGCCGGCCCACGCAACCGCAGAUGGUUUUGGCACGCACUUGGUCGAAAAGUUUCUGUCGUACUUAAAACUACCCAGUUUUCUGUCGGGUGAGAAAUCUGUCCCCGGAGUGGGAAAACCAGAAGCAGCAGCCGAUAACUUGCCAGUCCCGGCUCUACUCUCAGACAAGGGUGUGCCGCACAAAACGAAGGAACAUACAGAUGCAUCUGAAUUGCCAGCCACUGGCGUGGAGAUAUCGUUGGAGUCAGACGUUUCCCCAUCUUCAGCAAACGUGCUUCCAGCCAGCACUGAAGAUCACCAUCUUCCCGAAGAAGACCAUCUAUUGGAUGCGCCACCCACAGAGGCAGAUGUUGACCCCGUUGAACUCGUCAUUAGGUCACUAUUGACCACCGUGGAAGAACUUAACAUGGACACUGCGAUCAUUGUGCCACCAUCGUCAACGUUAAGUGCUCCCUUCUCCAACGUUGCAUCCUGGACCGCCCUUGGAGAUGACAGUGCUCCUAAUGUGGUGGACACGGGAGAUCCCGAGACACCUCUUCAACCAACAGCUGCCCCCGAGAUGCCAUUGGACCAGUAUACUCAACCAAGUCAAGUGGAGGCAUUAAGACUCCCAAGGCUUGAAAUGGUCUCUUCUCCUCCACCAAGCUUGGAUGUUAAGAGCCUCGAAGGACCAGAGGAAGAGCAAGGUAGAGUGGGUGAAAGUAAAAUGGACUUAACCGCACACAAGAGUCUGGUAGAUAAAGCAGAGGAACAAAAUAGUGCUGGGGAAAUUAGCGGUGACCAAUCUAAGAUGUUGCAAGUGACAUUGGUUCCCAGUGAUGGAAUGGUACCUGCUCCAGGGCCAAGUACUGAAGAUGUAGAUGUUUCACAGCCAACAAAGAUGACCUCAGAUGUACGGGUGGAAGUAAGCCAAGUGCCAUCCAUCGUGGUGGACAACGUAACAUUGAAGAGCGUGACACAGGAGAGAGUAGAGGAUACCGAGGCAUUGAAGAAAGAAGUCCUGCCUGCGCAAGGCUCCAACGCCAAGAUGAAGCUCAGCGACGCUCUGCCUGCCAUCCCGUCCGCCACGCCGGCGGAACUCGCCUCCGGUGCCCGCCGCAAGAUCUUCCUGCCCAGGUCCAAACAAGUGGAGGAAUCUGAAGCGUUGGCGGCGGACCUGCCCGCCUUGUCGGCGCACACGAAGAAAGAGGAGGGGGUGAGGAAGGUCCUUGCCGAGGGGGAUGCCGGCCACGCAGAGGAGGAGCCGGCUCGCUUCCCGUUGGCGCUCAAGAGAAGCGCGGCACUGUUGCAGGCCCCUGCGGUGCAACAGAAUGCGCCACUGGAGAGGCGAUCGCCAACGACAGCGCGCAAGAUGUCCAUGCUGGAAGUGCCCAAACUGUACGAGGAGCCUGCGGACAAAGUAGAGAGUUCCGUGGACCCUGGAAAAAGUGGAGCGAAAACUGAGGAGGCCAAGUCAGCUAAGAACCUCUUAAAAGCUCCACAGGUCAUUCGAAAGAUCAGAGCAGAGCAAUUCUCAGAUGCUUCUGGGAACCUGAAGCUGUGGUGCCAGUUCUUUAAUGUGCUGAGUGACUCCACCAUCAGAUGGGACAAGGAUGGACUACACUUGAACAAGCUGAAGCGAAGCUCUGGCGAUGAGAGCCAAGUGUCGUUGGCCAUUGUAAAAGCCUCAGCGAAGGACUGCGGCGUUUACAGAUGCAUGGUGGAAAACGAGUAUGGUUCAGAUGCCACGGAUCUCCUGCUGAGCAGUGAAAUGUUGACUGGAUUUGUUUCAAGAGAAGAGAUUGAAGUGGGUGAGGAGAUUGAGAUGACACCCAUGCCGAUCACCAAAGGACUGACGGACACGGGAUUUUGGGGCAAUAAGCUCUUCGGCAGAAUCAUGACCACGGAGCUCAACGUCGGUGAUGGUUUCCGCCGCAAGGCAAGCCGGGUGAAGGUCAUCUACGGACUGGAGCCGAUAUUCGAAUCUGGUGCCACCUGUAUUGUCAAAGUGCGAAACUACAUUUCUUACGGGACCAAGCCUGAUGGUGGACUUGUUGACAGCAACCAUGAUCUCACUAUGCAAGAAUGUAAGCUUCAAAAUACAGCGAGAGAGUACAGUAAAAUAUUUGCCGCUGAGACGCGCGCAGUGGAAGGGUUCGGGCCCGUGCCAGAGAUCAUUCCCCUGCACUUGCUGUAUCGCCCUGGCAACAACAUACCCUAUGCAACUAUCGAGAGGGACUUGAUGGGGCAAUUUAUGAAGUAUGCAAUGGAGGACAAGAGCAAGAAUCUGGCGGGUGAGAUCGGCUCUGAAGUCGUACAGAGGUGUCACACCUUUCAACACUGGAUUUACCAAUGGACAAACUGCAACCUGCUGGUGACUGACUUGCAAGGGGUGGGACUGAAGAUCACCAGUGUGCAGAUCGCUACUAAUUCCAAAGGGUAUCAGGGCCUGACAGGGAAUUGUUCUUCCUCCGUCAUUGAAGAGUUUCCCGACACCCAUCAGUGCAACCACUUGUGUGAGGCGCUAUUGCUGAAGUCAUUGAAAAACGCCGACAGCCUCCAACCGCAUAAACCCAAGGGAUCCAAGAGCCCAUCGAUGACCAGGAGGGCCCAGUCAGCCCAGUCCAGCCCUCAGAUGCAGAGGAAGGGCCAGUCCAGUCCUCAGUCCCAGAGGAAGGGCCAGGCCAGUCCUCAGUCCCAAAGGAAGGGCUUGGUUAGUCCACUGGUCCAGCGGAAAGGACAGACCAGCCCACUAGUCCCACGGAAAGGCCUAACAAGCCCACAAGCUUCUCGGAAAAACACCUCAGACCCCAACGUGGCCCCUAAGGAUGGCAGUGCGGAGGACUCCCAGGAAACCGGGAAGCACAAAACAGUGGAGAUCCCCAAGACUGUCAAACUCCGGUAGACACGUUGGUGCAACCAUCAGUCGGCGACAGGGCAUCAAGCACUUUUUAUUUUUGACAAUCGACUGUUUAAUCUGGAAAGAUUUGAGUCAAACGAGGGAUAGGAGAAACUAAAGAGAGUUAAGUGACAUCAGCAAUAAUGUCCCCAUGGUACUGAACAUCCACGAGAAGCCUCAUGAGUUCAAACAUCAUAAUUCUGGGCCGCUUGUGGGCAACGUUGAGUAGCGCCAUUGGGUGGGCCUUUAUCAUGAAUCAGAGAACAAAGUUUGCAUGUUUUACGAGCCGUCAGCAGAACCGCUGAGAUUUGCUCUUGAAAUAACCACCUGCAUGAACUGUUCUUUAGAACCUAUAGUGUAUGUUUUAUUAUUCUUAUGCUUUGGCUUUUAAGUUUAUGGCAGGGAACUAAAAGCCUCUGCUGCAGGCUGGCUAAAGUGCGUCAACGCAAACUAGAGGGCGUUUACAAUGUCAGCGACUAAGACACUAGAAAUACUCUGUACCAAUGAGUGCUUUAGUACUCCGGGUAUUCCGGGCAGCACGUUGAGGUUGCUGCCUUGCAGCGCCGGAGACCCGCGUUCAAUCCCCACCACGGGCGCUGUCUGUACAGAGUUUGUACGUUCUCCCCGUGACCCGCGUGGGUUUUCUCCGAGGUCUUCGG